AUGGCAAACACUAUUGGGGGCGUUUUAUCAGGUGUGAACCCGUUCCAUUACAACGCUAGUUCACCAUUAACGCUAUUCCUCUUUCAGGCAUGCCUUAUAUUAUUGGUGUGCAAUUUGGUCCAUAUCCCCUUUUCGAUGAUGAGGCAGCCUAAGGUUAUCUCUGAAGUCAUAGCAGGUGUUAUUUUAGGGCCUACCGUAUUUGGCCAAAUUCCAAACUACACGAAGACAAUAUUCCCACCAUCAUCGAUCCCGGGGUUGAAUUUAAUCGCGAAUUUGGGUAUAAUAUUGUUUAUGUUCUUUUUGGGUUUAGAAGUGGAUAUUGCCUUCAUUCAAAAGCACUUGAAGAAAGCACUCGCGAUCGGCCUAACUACUUUGGCGGUGCCAUUCGGUUUUGGUUGUUUAUUAGCAAUUCCUUUAUUCAAUGCCUAUGCGAACAAAACAGAAGGCGCAAGGCAUAUCAAAUUUUCAGUAUUUAUGGUAUUCAUAGCUGUCUCUAUCUCUGUUACAGCCUUCCCCGUCUUAUGUCGUAUUUUGAACGAAUUGCGUUUAAUCAAGGAUAGAGCAGGGAUUGUUGUUCUUGCGGCAGGUAUAAUUAACGAUAUAGUUGGUUGGAUUCUACUAGCAUUGAGUAUCAUUCUUUCAAGUUCAGAAGGGAGUCCGGUUAAUACAGUUUACAUUCUGCUUAUCAUAUUAGCGUGGUUUUUAAUAUAUUUUUUUCCUUUAAAGUACUUGCUAAGACGGAUUUUAAUAAAAACUCAUGAAUUAGACAGAAGUAAACCCUCACCGCUAGCGACAAUGUGCAUCCUAUUCAUCAUGUUUAUUUCUGCUUAUUUCACAGAUAUAAUUGGAGUUCACCCCAUUUUUGGUGCCUUCAUCGCCGGUCUGGUUGUGCCUAGAGACGAUCAUUAUGUUGUUAAACUGACAGAAAGAAUGGAAGACAUUCCAAAUAUCGUGUUCAUUCCGAUUUAUUUUGCUGUUGCCGGUUUGAACGUUGAUCUGACUUUGCUAAACCAAGGUAGAGACUGGGCUUAUGUUUUUGCAACAAUUGGUAUUGCGAUAUCCACUAAACUUGUUUCUGGUACCCUCAUGGCUAAACUUAGUGGCUUGUUCUGGAGGGAAUCUGCCGCUGCUGGUGUUUUGAUGUCCUGUAAAGGUAUCGUUGAAAUUGUUGUCUUAACUGUUGGUUUGAAUGCAGGCAUUAUCAGUAAAAAAGUAUUUGGUAUGUUUGUUCUAAUGGCUUUAGUUUCUACUUUUGUUACUACUCCUAUGACGCUGCUUGUUUAUCCAGAUUCUUACCGAGAAGAAGUUCGUAAAUACUUGGCGAAAUCUGAGGAAGGUGACGGGACGGUGAGUGUAUCUAACUCUGAAAGUGUUAAUAAAUCUGAAUUUAACACGCAAUUGAAUUCAUUGACAGAUGUUAGUAAAUAUAGCAUUGGUGAAUUGGUCACUGUAAUAAAUACUACAGAAGCGAUUUCUCCGUCUUUGAAAUUAUUGAAUUACUUAUCUUUGGGAUCUUCCCCUAAAGCCAGAAGUAGCAGGCAGAAAAAUGAGACUUCCUUGAGCAGAACUACAACUGCUACUGAUUCUACAUCAAAAUCGAACACAUUUAAAAUCAAAAAAAUGGUUCACAUUUGGUCUAAGAGCAUUGACGAUAUAGACACAAACUUAAGUGUUAUAGAUGAAAAUUCAGGGGCAUUUGAAGGGAUCACAGCCUUAAAAGCCAUCCACUUACGGUUGCUCACUGAACGCACUACUGAUCUGUUGCAAUCAUCUUCCUUAUAUAAUGACGAUCCGCAUUUUACUGCGAACACCGAUUCAUUAUUGCAAAUUUUCGAUAUUUUCUCACAUCUAAGCAACAUGCCAUUUUCGAGUGAAGUAAUAUUCUCUACCACACGGGAAAAAGCAGCGAAUAUUGCAACUAUGAAAAUGAAUCCUACGGAUUUGGUAUUAUUGCCCUUGAAGGGCGCCUCAUAUGAGUAUAGAGGAAGCCCAGUUCUUACUGACGAAAAAUAUGUAAACUUUGAUCAUAUUUAUUCUCAUCUUUUAGGUUUGAACGAGCUAUCGUCUGCCUUUUUCAAAUCUAUUUUCCAGACACUCAAAGCCAAUUUUGCUAUUCAAAUUUCAAAUACUUAUGGCAGAUUGAACGCUGAUCGUUUCAAGAAAAAGCGGUUUAGUUUGUUGCUUGCAAAACCAUAUCUGACACCAUCAGAUUAUCUUGGAUUAUAUCUCCUUUUAUUGAUAUGCUAUAGAGACGGUUUCAAUAAUGAUAACGCUUCCUGUAGUAUUUUCAUUAACGGUCAAAAUACAGAUUUCACAAGAGAUUUGUUGGCUACUUUUGCCGAACAUGAGUGGCUAAAUGAAUCUACGGUUCAGAUUGUAGAAAUUCCAUUUGGAACCAAGAGUCCUCAAGAUACGAUUGAAAGGUCGUCUUUCAUUGAGACAGUCCUUGACAUAGGUUUAUCUGCAACCGCUUUAGCUGAUAUAGAAGAGACUACAUUUAUUAUUGGGGAAGAUCUUUUUGAUGAAAAUGAGCCAUUUAGUGAGGAGGUAAGGGCAGCCAUAUUUGAAGGAUCGAAUCGUCGCUUUGAUACGCUUGUUGUGCAUCACUUUUCGCCUGACAGAUGCUAG